UGGCUGCUUUUCUAGCCUGGACUACAUUACCCAUAGGCUUUGCGGCUCGAAGCUACUUCCGCCGCGAACUGGUCGUCUCGUCUUGUGCGUACCGGCGAUAACCGAGCUGCCGGGGAUGAGUGGGCCUGGCGCCUCUAGCCAGCCGACCGGCGCCAUCUGCGAGCCGCUCCGCGUCGGGGCUUUGCGGUUCUGUUUGGUGCGGAGAAGCUGUAGAUGAAUGCAAGCCCAGUUUCUGCGCUGCGAGGGGUCAGGAGGCUUGUUGUCCGUCUCUGGACUACAUUUCCCAGAGGCCUCUGCAGGCGACCCUACGUCCCGCGGGAUUUCCGCUGCGUCUGUACCAGGUGGCGGGACCGUUGGCUCCGUGAAGUUAGGUGCUGUGGGGCCUCUGGGGUCCGGUGCAACUUGGCCAGUUUGGACCGUACCGGAACUAGGGAAGGACUAGGUUCUGUCACUAAGAGGAAAAGGGAACAAUGGUUAUUGAACAUCCGAAAGCCAAGAUCAAGCUGCUUUCUUGGGAUGCUGUACCUUUCCAAGAGAGGAAUCCAGAGAAAUACAGCUCAGGUUUACAAUUUUAAAAGCCAUGCUCCAGCCCUAGCCAUGGGAUAAUGGGAAUGUCUCAUUGUAUGAAGGAGGUUGCCUGCAGCAACAGGAAUAUUCAAGAAGAUGGAGGGGUUGGUGGUGUUCAGGGAUGUGGCUGUAGACUUCUCCCAGGAGGAGUGGGAGUGCCUGGACCCUUCUCAGAGGGGUUUAUACAGAGAUGUGAUGAUGGAGAACUACAGCAACCUGGUCUUACUUGGACUCUCUCUUCCUAAGCCUGAUGUGAUUUCCUUAUUGGAGCAAGGGAAAGAACCCUGGAUGGUUUCGAGGAAGAUGGCAGGAGGAUGGUGCCCUGACUUGGAGUUCAGAUGUAAGACCAAUGAAUUGUGUCUGCAAAAAGAAAUCAAUGAAGUAACAUCAUCCCAAUGGAUGAUAAUGGAAAAAAGUCAGAGCCUUGUGGGCUCCAGUAUCAGAGAGGACUGGGAAUGCAAAGGCCAGUUUGAGAGGCAAGAGAUAAAUCAAGAGGGAUAUUUGGGGCAAGCAUUAAUGACUUAUGAAAAAAUGCCAACUUUGAGCCUGCAGACAUCUCUUACUCUACAUCAGCGAAUUUAUUCUGGAGAGAAACUCCAUGAAUUCAAAGAAUGUGGGAAGGCCUUUAUUUAUGGCUCAAGACUUAUGCAACAGCGAGGAAUUUAUAUUGGUGAGAAACCAUAUAAAUGUAAGGAAUGUGGGAAGGUCUUUAGUCAUUUUUCCUAUCUUACUGAACAUCAGAGAAUUCAUACUGGUGAGAAGCACUAUGAAUGCAAGGAAUGUGGAAAAGCUUUUAUUCGUGGCUCACAUCUUAUUCAACAUCAGAGAAUUCAUACAGAUGAGAAACCCUAUGAAUGUCAGGAAUGUGGGAAGGCCUUUAGACAAUCUGCACACCUUACUCGACAUCAGAGGAUUCAUACUAGUGACAAGCCUUAUAACUGUAAGGAAUGUGGGAAAUCUUUUAUUUGUGGCUCAGAACUCACUCGACAUCAGAGAAUCCAUACUGGUGAGAAGCCCUAUGGUUGUAAGGAAUGUGGGAAGGCCUUUAGACUGCGUUCACAACUUGGUCAACAUCAGCGACUUCAUACUGGUGAGAAACCUUAUCAGUGUAGGGAAUGUGGGAAGGCCUUUCUUCGUGGCUCACAGCUUACUGAACACCAGAGAACUCAUCCUGGUAUGAAACACUAUGAAUGUAAAGAAUGUGGGAAGGCCUUUAUUUGUGGUUCCCAACUUUUUCAACAUCACCAAAUUCAUACUGGUGAGAAAUCCUAUGAAUGUGCACAAUGUGGGAAGGCCUUUGUUUGUGCCUCACAACUUACUCAACAUCAGCGAAUUCAUACUGCCAAGAAACCCUAUAAAUGUAAGGAAUGUGGGAAAGCCUUUAUCCGUGGCUCAGAACUGACCCGACAUCAUAGCAUCCAUACUGGUGAGAAACCCUAUGAAUGUAAGGAAUGUGGGAAGGCCUUUAGACAGUUGGCACACCUUACUCAACAUCAGAGAGUUCAUAAUCUGACAUAAUUACUGUAGGAAACCCUUUGUUUGCUGUUCCUUUGUCACAGAUCAUCAGGUUUCAUGGUAGAGUAAAAUACAGUGGAUGUGGCAUUUCCUUUUACCUGACAUUCAGAAUCAGAAAAUUUAAUACUGAAAAAAAUUGACAGUGAAUGUAGAAAAGUUUUCUAUCAUGAUUCAAACCUUGAAAUUCUACAGAUUCACACUAGAGAAUGUAGUGAAUGAGGAAAGGCUACCAUUUGCUAUUUAUGUGACAUAUAGGCAUUUUAACUUCUCUAUGCUUAAAUUUACUAAUUGGUAAACUGUUGAUAGUAUCUAUUUGUAAUAAAGAGUCUGACUCCA